GCAGCGGCCGUAGAGGCAGCGGCGACGACUUGCAGCGCCUGGGAGGAGAUAGUGCCUGCUUCCUCGAGGGCUGACGGAACGCUGAGGAUGCUGAAGUUCCGGACGGUUCGAGGGGGCCUGAGGCUCCUGGGUAUCCGCCGAACCUCCACUGCCCCUGCUGCCUCUCCAAAUGUGCGGCGGCUGGAGUACAAGCCCAUUAAGAAAGUCAUGGUGGCCAACAGAGGCGAGAUCGCCAUCCGCGUGUUCCGGGCCUGCACGGAGCUGGGCAUCCGCACAGUGGCCGUCUACUCCGAGCAGGACACCGGCCAGAUGCAUCGGCAGAAGGCUGACGAAGCCUACCUCAUUGGCCGGGGCCUGGCCCCCGUGCAGGCCUAUCUGCACAUCCCCGACAUCAUCAAGGUGGCCAAGGAGAACAACGUGGACGCAGUGCACCCGGGUUACGGCUUCCUCUCCGAGCGGGCGGACUUCGCCCAAGCCUGUCAGGAUGCUGGGGUCCGGUUCAUUGGGCCCAGCCCAGAGGUGGUCCGCAAGAUGGGAGAUAAGGUGGAGGCCCGGGCCAUUGCCAUCGCUGCAGGUGUCCCUGUGGUCCCAGGCACUGACGCCCCCAUCACAUCCCUGCAUGAGGCCCAUGAGUUCUCCAACACCUACGGCUUCCCCAUCAUCUUCAAGGCCGCCUAUGGGGGCGGAGGCCGUGGCAUGAGGGUCGUGCACAGCUACGAGGAGCUGGAGGAGAAUUACACCCGGGCCUACUCGGAGGCCCUGGCAGCCUUUGGGAACGGAGCGCUGUUUGUGGAGAAGUUCAUCGAGAAGCCACGCCACAUUGAGGUGCAGAUCUUGGGGGACCAGUAUGGGAACGUCCUGCACCUGUAUGAGCGAGACUGCUCCAUCCAGCGGCGGCACCAGAAGGUGGUGGAGAUCGCCCCUGCUGCCCACCUGGACCCCCAGCUCCGGUCGCGGCUCACCAGCGACUCCGUCAAACUUGCCAAGCAGGUGGGCUACGAGAACGCGGGCACCGUGGAAUUCCUCGUGGACAGACACGGCAAGCACUACUUCAUCGAGGUCAACUCCCGCCUGCAGGUGGAGCACACGGUCACCGAGGAGAUCACCGAUGUGGACCUGGUCCACGCCCAGAUCCACGUGGCCGAGGGCAGGAGCCUGCCUGACCUGGGCCUGCGGCAGGAGAACAUCCGCAUCAAUGGCUGUGCCAUCCAGUGCCGGGUCACAACCGAGGACCCUGCGCGCAGCUUCCAGCCCGACACUGGCCGCAUCGAGGUGUUCCGCAGUGGAGAGGGCAUGGGCAUCCGCCUGGACAAUGCCUCUGCCUUCCAAGGGGCUGUCAUCUCACCCCACUAUGAUUCCCUGCUGGUCAAAGUCAUCGCCCACGGCAAAGACCACCCCACGGCUGCCACUAAGAUGAGCAGAGCCUUGGCCGAGUUCCGCGUUCGAGGUGUGAAGACCAACAUCCCCUUCCUGCAGAAUGUGCUCAACAACCAGCAGUUCCUGGCAGGCACCGUGGACACGCAGUUCAUCGAUGAGAAUCCUGAGUUAUUCCAGCUGCGGCCUGUGCAGAACCGGGCCCAGAAGCUGCUGCACUACCUCGGACACGUCAUGGUGAAUGGCCCCACCACCCCAAUCCCUGUCAAAGCCAGCCCCAGUCCCACGGACCCUGUUGUCCCUGCGGUGCCCAUAGGCCCACCCCCAGCUGGUUUCAGAGACAUCCUUCUGCGGGAAGGGCCAGAGGGCUUUGCUCGAGCUGUGCGGAACCACCAGGGGCUGCUGCUGAUGGACACGACAUUCAGGGAUGCCCACCAGUCACUGCUGGCCACUCGUGUGCGCACUCAUGAUCUAAAAAAGAUCGCACCCUAUGUUGCCCACAGCUUCAACAAGCUCUUCAGCAUGGAGAACUGGGGAGGGGCCACAUUUGAUGUCGCCAUGCGCUUCCUAUAUGAGUGCCCCUGGCGCCGGCUGCAGGAGCUCCGGGAGCUCAUCCCCAACGUCCCAUUCCAGAUGCUGCUGCGGGGGGCCAAUGCUGUGGGCUACACCAAUUAUCCCGACAACGUAGUCUUCAAGUUCUGUGAGGUGGCCAAAGAGAACGGCAUGGACGUCUUCAGGAUCUUUGACUCCCUCAACUACUUGCCCAACAUGCUGCUCGGCAUGGAGGCGGCAGGCAGUGCUGGGGCUGUGGUGGAGGCUGCCAUUUCCUACACAGGCGAUGUGGCUGACCCCAGCCGUACUAAAUACUCACUGCAGUACUACAUGGGCUUGGCUGAGGAGCUGGUGCGAGCUGGCACCCACAUCCUGUGCAUCAAGGACAUGGCAGGGCUGCUGAAGCCAGCAGCCUGUACCAUGCUGGUCAGCUCUCUCCGGGACCGCUUCCCUGACCUCCCACUGCACAUCCACACCCAUGACACGUCAGGGGCAGGUGUGGCAGCUAUGCUGGCCUGUGCCCAGGCUGGGGCUGAUGUGGUGGAUGUGGCAGCUGACUCCAUGUCUGGGAUGACCUCACAGCCCAGCAUGGGUGCCUUGGUUGCCUGUACCAGAGGGACUCCCCUGGACACAGAGGUGCCUUUGGAGCGCGUGUUCGACUACAGCGAGUACUGGGAGGGGGCUCGGGGACUGUACUCAGCUUUUGACUGCACGGCUACCAUGAAGUCUGGCAACUCAGACGUGUAUGAAAAUGAGAUCCCGGGGGGCCAGUACACCAACCUGCACUUCCAGGCCCACAGCAUGGGACUCGGAUCCAAGUUUAAGGAGGUCAAGAAGGCCUAUGUGGAGGCCAACCAGAUGCUGGGUGACCUUAUCAAGGUGACGCCCUCUUCCAAGAUUGUGGGGGACCUGGCCCAGUUCAUGGUGCAGAAUGGAUUGAGCCGAGCAGAGGCUGAAGCACAGGCAGAAGAGCUGUCCUUCCCCCGCUCUGUGGUGGAGUUCCUGCAGGGCUACAUUGGUGUCCCUCAUGGGGGGUUCCCUGAGCCCUUUCGCUCUAAGGUGCUGAAGGACCUGCCAAGGGUAGAGGGGCGGCCUGGGGCUUCCCUCCCUCCCCUGAACCUGCAGGCACUGGAGAAGGAGUUGGUAGAGCGGCAUGGAGAGGAGAUUACCCCAGAGGAUGUGCUCUCAGCGGCCAUGUAUCCUGAUGUCUUUGCCCAAUUCAAGGAUUUCACUGCUACCUUUGGCCCCCUGGACAGCCUCAAUACCCGCCUCUUCCUGCAGGGCCCCAGAAUUGCAGAAGAGUUUGAGGUGGAGCUGGAGCGAGGCAAGACACUGCACAUCAAAGCCUUGGCUGUGAGUGACCUGAACCGGGCUGGCCAGAGGCAGGUCUUCUUUGAGCUCAACGGGCAGCUGCGGUCCAUCCUGGUCAAGGACACACAGGCCAUGAAGGAGAUGCACUUCCACCCCAAGGCUCUGAAGGAUGUGAAGGGCCAGAUCGGAGCGCCCAUGCCUGGGAAGGUGAUAGACAUCAAGGUGGCAGCAGGAGCCAAGGUAGUCAAGGGUCAACCCCUGUGUGUGCUCAGUGCCAUGAAGAUGGAGACUGUGGUUACUUCGCCCAUAGAGGGUACUGUCUGCAAGGUCCAUGUGACUAAGGACAUGACACUGGAAGGUGAUGACCUCAUCCUGGAGAUUGACUGAUCUUGCCCAAGACUGGCAGCCUGGCCAUCCUCACCCCAUACCUUCGAAAUAAGCUGUGUUGCCAGAGCAGGCCCAGGCCAGCCAGUGCCUGAGGGCAGGCAGGCCUGGCCCUGGAGGUCCUGUCUCCAGUGGGACAGCAGAGCCAUCACCUACAGCCCAUUCCCUGUUCUCCACUGGUGGAUAGUUGCUCACAUAUUCAUCUCUUGCCAAAUAAGGUCUUCUCCUUGUGGGGGACUACAGGUGGGGAAGGUGGUCUUAUGACCUGGGGGUAAAAGCUUAGGGGGUCCUAAUUCCUGGCAGGGGAGACUUAAGCCCCAUGUCUUGGGAAAUUUCCUCAAUAAAACUGGCUUUUCCCUGCCCUCCA